UAUUCUGAUUUUCAAUAAUAGAGAAAAAUAGGUUUUGUAAAAUGGCCUCUAAUCCUGAAAAUAUACAAAAUGCUAAUAGUCAACAAAACAUUGUACAGUCAACUAAUUCUCCAAGCGAAUAUUACGAUCCACUCUUAGACGAGCUAGAUGAACAGUUUACUGGAGAUUUUUCAGGUCAGUACAAUGUUGGAAGUGAUACUGAUGAUGACUCUAUGAGUUAUACAGAGGAAAGUGGACAUGCUCUCGGCCAAAAAUACUCAGUCACACCGCCUUCUUUACCAAGGAGCCGAAUACGUGAAAAAGAACGUAACGGUGCUAAAAGUCGCAACUCUGAUAAGUCGUACAAAGAGUUUCUUAUUAGUAAACGUCAGCAGCAGCAGCCAAAGUCAAUGAAUGUGAUAAAAAAUGAGUACCUAUCAGACCCUGCGCUCUGCAGCCUCACAGAGUUUGACUCAGAUGAUAAUCUGGACAUGGAUUCCAUUAAAGAAAAAAGAGAAAAAAAGAAAAGAGAAAGCAAAGUGACAAAGAAAACAUUAUCUAUGAUUCGCUUCAAUGAUCGACAAGAAAAACGGUUAUCCGAAGAUUUUAGUCUGCUAACUGUGAGUGAUCCCUUGGAGCAAACUCCUAUGACAGUAAAACUUAACGGUUCUGGUCGGUUUGAGCACUUCCGAAAAAAACCUGUUCCCAUAAGCACAGGUAGUGUCGCACGGCAGCAAAUCACAGAAGCUCCAGUUUGCCAGAAAGACAGAGAAGAGUUCUACAUAAAUUUUUCAUUACUGAUUAGUCUAGGAACUGAGGCUAAAAAAGACAAAGAGAAAAAAAUGUCUUCUGCCAAAAGGCAAAUCAGUGUAGAACUGUACCAGUGGCAGGCAGCAAUGUCUGAACAGCUUUGGAUUGAGCUGCAGGCAUACAUCAAUGGCAAAAUAUCUCCAGAGGAGCAAUCAGAUAUUUUAAAAAAAGAAAGACAGCAGCAUGAGCAUGUGAUAGACGAAAUCAACAAAUUUUGUUUCACAGACACCUUGACGGAAGAAAGUCCUGACAGUGCAUUCAGUAAAGACUCCAGUAUGAGCAACGGUUUCUUCAACAAUAGCCCAAAGGACAAGUCAUACAGAGAGAAGGUCUCCAGAAGCGUCUCUGCUUCUUUCUAUGAGGUGAACUUGACCAACGAUGUGGUGUGCCUUCAGGUUAAGGCCCUGACUCAGGUACAAAAGCUGCUGGACAGACUAGACCACUAUGAAAGCUGUUUCAAUGCUACCAAAGCCUGUGAGAAAGAAAACAAGAAAUACAUGGAUCCGGAAUUCCAACGACGAGUGAAGUGCUUGAACCUGUGGCUAAACAUCACUUGUGACUUAUGCCAAAAGCUUAAACUCUUUGGUAAAAUUAUUUGCGCACACACUCGAGGUAUAUCAUGGCCACUUAUAAACUUUGAAUUCCCUAAACCUCAGCCAUUGGAAUUCCUGGCCAAUCAGAGAGCCAGUUUGCCAAAUGUGUUAGAAACAGAGCCAACAGACUGCUCUGACGUUGAUGAGGCUGAUGACAGUUACGGCAGUAAAACAGGUGACAAAGAAACCACAGGAGAUGCUGCUGAAGCUCAGGGUCAAUUAUUCUUGAGCCCUAAUCGUAAGCAGGUCAAGUUUCAGUUUGGAGAUGAAAGCAAUAGUGAUCAGGGCUCCCCUUCUGGUAGCCCCCUAAACUACAGUCCUUCUAGUCCCUCGAACCCUCUGAACUGUAGUACACCUUUGCGUCAAGGUGACGCCUCUUCCUGUGGACAAACUGCUUCAUAUUCAUCUGUGCUUGGGUCCUCACAGAGUAAUUUAGAGGAUAGUCAGGUUCACAAUUCAUCUCUAUACAGACAUUAUGUUGAAAAGUGUUUAAGGAAAAUGGGUUUGCAGAGACUCAAUGUCAGGCUUCGGGAUUUGUUUCACCGCAGUUUGCACAGAGCUAAAGAAGCUUUGCAAAGACCUAAAGAUUCAUCAUAUACUGAUCUUGGUGCUGCUGAAAAAAUUGAAGACAUGCCAGAGAAACAAGAAGAGUACUCUUCCAUCAGUUCCUCUGGUCCAUGUUCAACUGACACUUCUACACGCCCUGAGCUCAUCAGAGGAAGUAGCUUGUCCGAGCAUGGGGAAUGGAGUUCCCAGUUCAUAGAAAUGGGGCUGCCUUCUUUUCGGCCCACUUACUUGUACAUUGUUCGGAUCCAGUUGGAUGUUAUCCAUGAAUGUCUAAAGUUGCGAAAAGAUCAAAGACCCAUAGGGGAUCCAUCUUUUCUGAGUAUUCGACAGCUCAUUCGUGAAUGCAAAGAAGUGUUGAAAGGAGCCACUAUGGUGAAACAGUAUUACCAUUACAUGGUGGAUGCUGUCAUAUGGGAUGAGCAGGAGGCUGAAGCCAAGUUGGAGACAGAUCUCUAUGAGUUUGAUGAGGACAUGAAGAGUAUACUAGAUGUUUAUUUUAACUAUUUACAAAAUUGGAUAUACAUGCUUCAAAGUUUGCCUCAGGCCUCGCUGGGAAUGAAGAGUGCCCUAGAGGAGGAGUGGACAUUUACUAAAUCUAUCUGUUCAUUUAUCAUCGGAGGAGAGGCUACUGCAGCUAAAAGAUUCAGUUCCCUGGCCAGCAGCUUACUCAGCUCUAUAGAAGACUUUGUGGACAAAGGCAUUGAUGACAAUACAAGAAAUCUGUUUGAUGAAGGCUUUGACAAUGAGGAAAAUUCUGAAGAGAAUGAGGAUGAGUACAGUGAUGAAAAUGAGAACAUUGAAAACAAAAGUAAAUCUCAGAAGAUGGCAAGGAUGAAGAGCAAUGUUCAAGUUAUUUUACGUAACUUUAAGAAUCUUUUCAAUGAAGCUAGAGAAAGAUCAUCAAAAGCCCUUGGAUUUGCUAAACUUUUAAGAAAAGAUCUGGAAGUGGCUGCUGAUUAUGACAUCUCUGUAACAACUAAAGAACUGUUCUCCAAGCUGAAAGAGACAAGACAUGUACAGUUGUGUGCUCCCAUGAGUGCUGGCUACAUGAUGUUUAUACCAGAAAAAAUACUUAGCAACAAUCAACUGGUCCUUCAGCUGCUGAAUGUCACUUGUGGUAGAGAAGACAAACCAGAGAAAUCUCAGACUCUCUCUAAGCAAGACACAUCUGGUUCAAACCACUCCAGCUCGUCAGGGAAGGAAGACGGCUAUUUGUUGAUGAUGAGGUGUGAGAAUGGACAGGAUCACCUGAAAGAGUGUCCAAAGUGGACAGGGUUUAAAAUGAUGGUUGAGCCCACUGCCGAAACAGCCAUUGCUCUCUCUCAUAUAGAGGUGAUGGGCUUGCUCUUUGUGGUGACCAAAUCAAGUUCUCUGGCUGCUCAGAGGAAAAAUUUUGAGAGCAUCAUGGGUAAAACUAUUCAGUUGGUUAACGAACAGACAUCUUGCCACCAGUCCAUAGCAGAGUCAUUUUCAGAGCUAAAGACUAAUGCUGUGGACUUGAUGGUGAAGCUAGCUCAAAACAUUCAGCAAGUGAAUGAGAAGCUCAACUUUAAUGAGGUCAUCCAGCAUGAGGAAAACAUUCUCAAGCUGUACAGGGAGACAAUGUUGAAAAUUUAUGACUUUGGCUUUGAGUAUCAGAGAGAACUCAUGCGCCUUAUUUCUCGGGAUCAUCGAGAGAAAAUGUGCCAUAUGAGUGUGAACUUUGUCCAGGACUGGAUGGCUUUUGUUAUUAAAAGAUGCGAGAGAGGGCGUGGCACUCGGCCCAGGUGGGCCACUCAAGGUCUUGAGUUUAUAGCCUUAGCUUGUGAACCAAAGAACAUUGUUUAUCUUACUGAUCAAGAAUUCCAGAACUUCCAGCAUAAUAUCCAUAACUCUUUGUCACAUAUCAUUGGCUCUUCAGAGAAUAGAAGUGUCGGCCAUGGGCUUUCAUUAAGUCGGAGCAAUCUAGAUCUUUCCAGAACCAACCAACCUUCCAUGCAGCGCCUCACUUCCUGUCCUGAACCUGCCCGCUUCAUCCGCUCAGUGUCUGCCAGGUCAGUGCAGAGUGAGCCAUCCAGUGGUCAACUGUCUAGUACAAGUAACACACCUUUACCAGGGUCCACUCCCUUUUUUGGAGACAGCAGAGGUACAAGGUAUUCUAUUCCAGAGCUUCCUGAAAUGUCGGUGAAAAAUUCUUCAGAUGGCCAGAUCUAUCUGGAGUUUGUCCAGGCUCGCCGUGGGUCAAGAGGUUUAAAUGAGUCCUCAAAACCUCGGAGUGACAGACUGCAGAUAUGCAUUGAGAAACUAGAGAAUGACAGACAGGAAAAACUUAGAGAAAAGAGAAUCAUUGGUCAUGUGACCACAAGGAUACAGGAACCAGACUAUCGUAUCAAUGUGAAACGGGUGAACUUUAGAUGGCAGCGUGGCAUCAAGAUAGGUGAAGGUCAGUUUGGUAAAGUGUACACUGCUGUCAAUAUCAACACUGGAGAACUGAUGGCCAUGAAGGAGAUGAAGUUUCAACCUAAUGACCAGCAGUCCUUGAAAGAAAUCUGUGAUGAGAUCAAAAACUUUGAGGGCAUCAAUCACAAAAAUUUAGUCCGAUAUUACGGUGUAGAAGUUCAUAAGGAUGAAAUGCUGAUGUUUAUGGAAUACUGUGAUAGUGGCUCUAUUGAGGAAGUGGCAAGGAUUGGUCUCCCCGAGUACAUGAUACGCAGAUAUACUCAUGAGAUUGUUCACGCUAUAGCACAUUUACAUGAGAACAACAUUGUACAUAGGGACAUUAAAGGUGCCAACAUUUUCCUGACAUCUCAAGGUCAUGUCAAGCUUGGAGACUUUGGUUGCUCUGUGAAACUCAAGAGUCAACAAACAAUGCCUGGGGAAAACAUCAAUUUAGUUGGAACCACAGCCUACAUGGCCCCAGAAGUUAUAACACAGAACAAACAGGAAGGUUAUGGUAGAGCAGCUGACAUCUGGUCAUUAGGGUGUGUGGUCAUUGAGAUGGCCACUGGAAAGCGUCCAUGGCAUGAGUUGGAACACAAUCUGCAAGUGAUGUUCAAAGUGGGGAUGGGCCACACCCCUCCCAUCCCAGAGGGCCUGAGUAAAGAGGGCAAGAACUUCUUGAGUCUGUGUUUAGUGCACGAGCCUUCCCAGAGGGCCACCGCUGCCCAGCUGCUUGACCACAUCUUUGUCAAGUAUGAAUGUGAAGUUGAGGAGAAUGAUUCAGAUGAUGACUAGACGCCACCACAGAUUUGAAACACAUAAUGACCUGCCACAACCACAGACUUUUCAUAUCAUCCAGAAGCUUCCCUUUUCUUUUUUUGUAAAACAUUUUUGUUGAGUUUUGUUUGUUGGUUCUAAUAUGGCAUGUACAUAUAUACAGAGAAGUUUCAACUGCUCUACAAUGUUUCCAGUCAUUGGCACUACAAAACUUAUUUAUUAAAACUGUUUUGUUGCCUGAAAAACUAUUUUAUAUAUUUUUGUUUGUGUGCAUAAGAUUUGAAUACAGUUUAUGGCAAUUUGAAAUAUUUUUUACUAUGCUGGAACUUUUUAAAAUCUCACUUCCCUCACUGGGUACUUGUUCUUUUUAGCCAGUGCUUUUCGUUGUUCCUGAUAGUUUGACUAUCCUCUGGAUUACUGCUAACCAAAAUAUCAAGGAACCCUUGUUGCAGUGUAUUUCUGGAGUGGGGGUUUCUGUAAAUGUACUAUACAUGAAUCAUGCACUGCAAUGGUAUAUUUUUAAUGCCAUAACUAGUAGAUUUGCAAAAAAUAAAACAAAAUUAUUUUAAUAGUACACACAUCUAGAUUUUGUGGUUAUCUUAGGUAGUAACAAGUUCCAUUAUAAGCAUUUUCUAUGAGGUCACAAAAGGUAUUUAAAAAUAGUCCAGGCAUGUGAUAAUGGCUGUCUGCAUAACUGAAAUCUAUCUAUUACCUGGCUUGAAAAGUUGUAAAGCAUUCAUCCCCAUAGCUUGGACCCAUGGCUCUGUCAACUCAUGGCACAAUGCUUUCACAACUAUGAAUAGUGUUGUACUGAGACAUCACCUGCAUUUAAAACACACAGAGGAGAUUUUUUUAAUAAACUGUCCUCAAAUAUUAAUUUAUCUCCAAUGUAAAUUAUCAUUUUUCUAAUCUACACUUGAAAUUAACAUGAAUUUUUUUAUUGUACCCUGAUGGGUUGUUGGCUUUUUUUUUAUAUAGAAUGAUCAUAAACUAUAUUCAACCAGUUGUUGUAUUUUUUGGAAUUGUUAGAGGUUAGAUUCUCUGUGAUCUUUCAAAGAGAUUCACUUUUAAUGCUGUUAAAACUACAAACCAUUUUGUUUUGCUGUGUUUGGUUUGUUACCUGUGAUGCUAAAUGUUGACUUGUACUUGACAUUUGAAUCAUUUCAAACCUAUCAGAAAAGAUUUGUAUAUUUCCUUCAUCAAUGAGAAUUACUGAAGUCUGGCGUAGUCUGGAUGGACAUGUCAAUGUAUUUGUAUUGUAUUUUAUUUAUCUUGGUCAUGUGAAGUUUAAAGAUAAAAGCAAGGUAGGGUGAUCACCUGCAUAGUUUCUGUAACUGUCUCAAGUUAGGUGCAAUAGAUAGAACUUAAUUCUAGGCACAUUUAGACUUUAAUCCUUAAGUUUGUUGUUGAUCUACUUUUUGAGAAGCACUGACAUUUAAGUUUAAUCUCUAGACUGUCAGCUGAUCAAAUUUGAAUGUGUUACAGAAAUUUUUCUUUCUAAUGAGUUUUGUAAAUAAGAAAAAAAAAAAAAAUUAUAUAUGAUACUGUAAGCAAUGUAAAAAAAAAAAGAAAUUAGAUAACUGAAUCAGCCAAAGAGCUCUGAAGUCAAGGGCAUCAUAAUGGUGAAUAUUGUUUUUUUAAGUUUGCUAUUUGUCCUUGUAUGUUGGUGUGUUUGAUUUUCAUGGCCAAAUUGAAGUUGUUCUUUUGUUGUUGUUGAGCCAUAACCUUACAAUGGUGACUGUAUUUGCUUUUUGUCUCCACCUAAUGACAGUAUCUAACUCUAAGACAGGUAGAUGUACAUACUGGUACAAAUGGAAGAAACUAUUACACUACUGAGUAGAGCAGGAAAGCAUGUGAUUACGUAGUCAAGUGCUGGUCACUAUGAAAGUAUUGGUGUAUAUCUAGCUUCAAAUUUAGAUUUUCAUAUUAUUUCCAAUGUUGUAAUAAACUAUUUGUCCUCUUGCUAAAUGGUGAACAAUUGGAAACAAUUCCAUGAACAGUAUUUAAUUGAAGGCCAUAAUAUCUUUUUUUUUUUUAACUUUUAGAGAUACUUGUUCAAAUAUUUAUUUAUACUUAUUAAAAAGUUGAUGAAUGAUAAUCAGUGAUACAAGGAUAUAUACUUGUAUAAUGAUAUCGAGUUUAAAUUUAAAAGAUCUUAUUUUAACUCCUUCGCUGGCGAAGUCAAGUAAAAAAAAAAAAGAAACGAUGUAUGAGGAUGUUAUGUAAGCAUUAUUUUGAGAGAGACCAUUUGUUGAUCCUCACUGGUAUUUCUAUGCUAAACAUAGGAAUAAUUUCACAUGAAAAUUAUAUUUGCUCUGUCAUGGUAAUAAUAAGGUUUAAUCCAGAGUUCUUUUACAUGCUCAAAUGUUUUAUGUCAAGAUUUGUAGAUACCAUUUGCUAAAACCUGUGUCUGAUUUUCAUCUAUUCAAAUAAUUAUAUACAAAUUAUUCAAUGACACUAAUAAAACCACAAUGCUGGUGUGCAUGCAACAAAAAAGGUAGACUUUGGAGAGUUCAUGAACUUGUCCUGAUUAUUACUUUAUGUGGCUAGGUCUGAGUAAUAAUUAAAAACACUGGUACAAGAUUUUCCUUCUUUGUACAUCUCUAAGCAGAGCAGAAUGUAUAAAUCAUUUAUUUGAACAUUACUUUAAUCAAAGACAUAAAUUGAAACUGUCAGACUUAUGCAAUGGUUUCUACAAUUAACAUACUGGUAGUCUGACAGAAGUCUACUAGGAAUACAAGUUUAAUCUAUUUACGAAGUAUUAAUAUAGUACUAAUAGGCAUUGGAAUUUUAUUUUAUUAUGUUCAAGAUUUGUUUUUCAAAUAUACAGUUAUUCAUCUUUAAGAUGUGCAUAUUGUUGAUAGCAGAAAAUUUAGGAAAAAUGUUAUUCUAUUUAAUCAUCUGAAGUGAAUUAAUUUAUUUUUGUGAAAUUCUUUUUAAUAUUCUGGCAAGAUUUUUAAAAAAAUUAAUUAAAUAUUGAUGGGAUAUGCCAAAAAUUAUUUUUUUUUAAUGAUGUUUUCAUGUUAUCAUUCAAGUUGAAGAGUUCCAGUAGUUUCUGUCCCACAGCUUUGUCAAAUUACACAAAUAUUUUUGCAUCAUUUACCGAACUGUCAAACUAAUAGCAGGCAUAAUUUCUGAGUUGAAGUCCUGGUGCUUGUAUAUAAAGUCCAGUUUAAUAAAAAGUCACUAUGUAUUGAUA